AUGAAUACCCCGCCAAAACCUCUGAACAUCAUGGCGGACCCACGGAUUUUCCGUGGCUCCGUGGUGGCCAGACAGAGGGAGCAGAUGAUCAAGAUGAAGCAGGUAGGCCAAUUUUCGUAUUUUCUGUGCUUGCUUUUUAAAUUUUUCUUAAAAAAUGUACACUCUAUUACACAAGAUAAUUUUCUUUUUAGCUGUUAGGGAAAUACUUCAAUUUUUGAUCGAUUUUGAAUAUUUUUUUGAGGUACCCCAAGUGAAUGUCUUUGAUUUUCUUUAAGUUUUGCCCUAGUAGUCUAAAUCCAUAUACAGUAUUUCUACAAAAGAAACGUUGCUUGUCACACAAAAACUGCGGAGAUGUAGACAAAAAAGUUUUUUUUUUGUAUGGCCGUCUCUCCUCAUUUUGGGUGCUCUCUCGAAAAAAUUGAUAAAUAGGAGCUGACAGUUGCAGGAAGUACUUUUUGGCCUUGUGGGGAGCUUGUAUGCUAUAUUUGAAAAAAGAAAUCAAAGGAAUAUUUCCAUUGUCAAAUUUAUAUUACCCAUGAGGUUUUUGAUCAAAAAUUUACCAUUUUUUUGGCUAAAAUGUGAAAAAUUUGACGACAAAUUUCGUUAAGAGUCAAUCCUCCUCAUAUUCACAUUUCCAAAGUUCAAAGUCUUUAAAAUCCCCACAAAAUCAUCACUUUUAACAUUACCCUUCAAGGAGAUGGAACGUCGCCAACAAGACGAGCGUUGGCGUGCUUCAGUGGUCAGAACACGACUAAAAAUCGCCAUGAACGAGUCGAGCUUUAUGUCCGAUGAUCAGCCUGAGAUGCAGGCAAUGCCAAAUGGAGUGUUGCCUGAGGAUAAUUUGGUGCAGAAAUUCGGAGCUUUCAAAUUAGCACGGCUGAAUGGACCUGUGGGAGUUCGGCCGACUUUUACGCUGAAUCAAGGGGAAUUUCCACGUAAGUAAUUUGAAAAUUAAUGCAUUUAAAAUUUUUUUCAUCAAAAUUUUUAUGUUUGAAAAUUAGAUUUUUUGAAGUUUUUACCCUCAUAUCUUGAUUGUUUCUGCAUAACGCGGUCAAAAAAUUUCUGUCAACAACUUUAAAAGUCGUAUUUUUCAAUUUUUAUUUUUUCAAAAUUUUUCAAAAAUUUUAUUUUUAGAAUCAAUUGAUGCUAAACUGCCUCCAGCCGCGUUGACCGACCAGCCGAGUCAUCGUCGAAGCUUCCACGAAGCCCAGCAGUAUUCCCUUUUCCCUUCUUCUUCCCGAACCGUUGCUUCGCCCAGUCUCCCAGCCCUGCCCAGCUUGCCUCCGGGCGUUCAGUCGAUGCAAUCGAGAAGGCCCAGCCAAUUCAACAAAAAUGUUCGAUUCUUGCCGUUGCAUCGAGCGCAAACCGACAAACAUUUAAUGGGUAAAAUAGUUUCGUAUAUUUUUUAUAAUUUUGUAGGGUAAAAUACGCAGUCUCUUAUUUUCCCAUUAAUAGAUUUUUUCAUGUACCAUCCAAAUAAGAGCUCGAAAAAUUAAUUUUAAUUUUUUUUAUUUCCAGCCGGCUCAAUGCCCCCUCUGUUGCCGGGUCAAGUCGAUCUUUCCGGCCCAUUGGGACCUUCCCGAAGAGGUGGCGGUCGAUUUCGAGGACGAAGUCAAUCGCAGAAGAACUUGCCAGUCAUUGCCGGCCAACGACAUACGAAAAGUUGGGACGACGUGGAAGAUUUGACCGAUCCCCCACCAACGGCUGUCGUUCUACAGCCCAUGAACAACGUGGAAAUUCAAACUGAGGACUUCUUGGUGAGUCUUACAGUUAGACUCACUUACAGUAGGCAAUAGGUUCUAAACUGACGAAAAAAUAAUUUUUAUUUGCCUCUGGAAAGAUGAUUUUGAAGUUUUAACUUUUAAAAAACACUUUUGAUCCCAUAUCAUCAAGUUUUCCUGUCAUGUUUGGCCCUACAGAAUCUUUGAAUUCCUUGAUAUCCCAUUUACAAGACCUUGAAGUUCUUUAAAAAGCCAGUACCGCUGCGUUUUUUUUUUGAAUCGAGCUUUUCACGGAAAUGUCCAAAAAAUUGAUUCGUUUUCCGUAUUUAUACCACUAACGGCGAUAAAAAUUAUGAUGGCAUUCUCAAAUUCUCAGCAUAUCAUUCUUAGCCUAUGUCCUUUUUCUGUUUCAAAGUUCAUCCAAAUCGGUCAAUCCAUCACGGAGUUCUCUCCAAUUUAAUCUACCUUCUCCUUCAGGCUUUCGACGAGACCUUUGAACCUUUGGUCCGAGAGAUGGUGAAUGGCGCCAUCGCCGAUGGAAUCCGCAAACUCAUGGAAGAAGAGGACCUUGAGCGGUAUCAGCAGCAAGUCAACCAGCUAAUGGAUGCGAUUGACGAGGAGAAACGACGCAAUCAACUUCUCCAAGACAGUAUUCAGCACCAAACCGAGGUUCAAGAAGCCCUUGAGGCCGAAAAGAAAACCGCCAACAAAAAGCUGGACGCCUUGGAUUGCCGGAGAAUGGCCAUAGAGUUCGUAGAUGACCUCCAGAAGAAAUGCAUGGGCCAUUUGAUGAACCGGAAUCUGAUCAAAGACGACCGAUUCAUGCGGGAUGUGGCGGCGGACACAAGACAGCUACAAGCCGACUCAAUGAAGCUGCAACGAACGGUGGAGGAGGUGCGGAAGGACUUCUUUCCCUUCGUUUAUCAGCAAGCGGAACAAGUUUUCGUCCACCAACUCACGUCCAGCUACCUGAAGGAUGGUGAGUAUAUUAAACUAAGCUAAAAAGUACAAGAUUGAUGACUGUUUCCAAUAAAAAUCCUUUCAGCUCUCUUCUCCAAGAACAAGGACUUCCGCCAUGACGCGUACCAGCGAUUGAACGAACAGAUCAAGAGGUACAAUCACAUUUUGGGGAGGAAAUCGAGUGGAUCCUUGGACAGAUUGGACAGUCCACCGUCUCCGACUCCUCCAAUGUCGGCGAUUCGAAUCCGCAGAGAUGUCUUCUGA